CCCACUUUAAGUUCCUGUGCUAUCCCUUUCCAGCGCACAGCCAUGGACAUCGCGUUCGUAUCUCCGUUGCCUGGGGAUUUCGGGUCUUUUCGUCAACCUGGACCAUUUGUGAUGCAGAGUCGCUCCUCCGAGACUUUUUCAGACUGCUCAGGCAAAUGGAGGCCUGCGAAAUUUGCCAUCGCCGGCAUACUGUCACACCUCGGGAGGAAGACUCACAGAAGAGGAUAUCUUCACCAGAAGGCCCAUCGACUUGCGGACUACUAUGAGGUCCUUGGAGUAAGUCGAAAUGCAAACGAACGGGAGAUCAAAUCGAGCUUUCGAAAACUCGCCCGGCAGUUCCACCCAGAUAUCAACAAGGAGCCAGGAGCACAGGAGAAGUUUCAAGAAAUCGCUAAAGCGUACGGAGUGUUGUCAGAUGCAGAAAAAAGAGACCAGUACAAUCGAUUUGGUGAGGGGGCAGUGCCCAGCACCAGUCCAGAUUUGUCCAGCAUGGAUUUGAAAGACAUCCUGGGCGAUGUUUUCCAAGACUUUUUUCGGGGUCCUGGAAUGCGAGGUCAUCCCGCAAAGGGAAGCACUAAAGGUGCCAAAAAAAGGGGCUGAUCUACAAUGCAAAAUUGAAGUUCCUUUCGAUUUGGCUUGCUUUGGAGGUUCGCACACCAUUCAAGUCCAGCGCGAGGACACAUGCAAGACUUGCCAUGGCCGCGGAGUUAACGCGGAUGUUGCUAAAGACCAGCGCUGCUCCAAGUGCAAUGGAACCGGCACCACGCUGCAAGUGAUGCAGACUCCACUGGGUGUAAUGCAGACCCAGCUAGUUUGUCCGAAAUGCGGAGGGACCGGCCUUGACCCCACGGCAUCUUGUCGCAGUUGUGGUGGUAGAGGCACUCAAACGCAGACACAGGAGAUCUCGGUGAACAUCCCACCUGGCUGCAAGGCAGGCAGUCAACUCCGUAUCAGAGGAGAAGGGGACAAGGGAAUCAGAGGUGGGCAGCCAGGCGACCUCUACAUCACCUUGAGGAUUUGCCCCUCGAGGGAUUUUGUGCGAGACGGGGCAGACAUCUACAGUGAAAAAGUCAUCAGCAUCUUUGAUGCGAUGCUUGGCACAUCGGUUGGGGUCACCACUGUCGACGGCAUCACCGAGAUAGAGGUGCCAGCAGGAACCCAGCCUGGCACAACAAUGCGGCUUCGUGGAAGGGGCGCCCCUAAACUGGGCACCAAAGGCAGAGGAGACCACUAUGUCACACUGCAGGUUGAGGUGCCACACUCGCUUAAUGAUGAACAGCGCAAGCUGGUCUCAAAACUCAAAGAGGCCUGCCAAUGACGCAAGGCCAUCCGCUCGAAAUGGUUUCGCACGCUUGGUUUGUCAGGAAAGGAUCGACAUCC